AUGCCUGACGAAACAGAAGAAAAUUCUGUUGGAGAUCCUGAUUCUGACGAUGAAACAACAGCAAUAACAACGGCCACAGCAGAAAUAUUAACAUCAAAUAAUACAACAUCACUGAUGAAGACUGUUAUUAAUGGUCGAAAAUCUCUACGAACACCUAAAUGUGCGCGAUGUCGGAAUCACGGUGUUGUCUCUUGCCUCAAAGGUCACAAAAAGUAUUGCCGAUGGCGUGAUUGUACGUGUGCAAGUUGUUUAUUAGUUGUGGAACGACAACGUAUCAUGGCUGCGCAAGUAGCUCUGCGCAGACAACAAGCAACAAUAAAUUCAAAUAAAACAACAACAAUGACAAACAGUAAUAAAUAUAAAAAUUCCGCUUUAUUUCUUGAACAAAAACGUCUUGCCGUACAAAAAAAUCUACGUCAACUACAAGAAAGUUCAAUAUCACGCGAUGUUAUUAGAAAUCUCAAAGCAAAAAGUCAUAAAAAUGAAAACAAUGGAAGCAAUCGGUUUUCAGUAACUCCAAUUCUAAAUGAUCGACUACGUAAACGACGUUGUUUUGCUGACAAAGAAUUGGAUAACAUUCCAGCAAUAUCAUCAACAAGUGAGAAUAUGAUGACAAACAGUGCUUUUCGUAUGGCUAAUCUAUCUCGUUUUCGUUCACGAGAUACAUCAUCGUCAUCGUUUUCUACCGAUAAGUCAAAGCAAAAGAAAUGGACUGAUUUUUCUGUCGCAGCUAUUAUUGGCCAGAGUUAA